AUGGCGGACAAGCAGCAGCCUGUGACGGGCAGGGCGGUGCUCGAUAGGAACCCCGACAAGUUCCUUGCGCGCACCGUGCACGACCUGAUCUCUCUCAAGGGUCGCACCAUUGUCAUCACCGGCGGCGGUCGUGGCCUCGGUCUGGCCUUCGCCUUUGCCGUGGCCGAGGUUGGAGGCAAUGUCGCCAUCAUCGACCUGCUUGACAAGCCGCACGACCAUUUCAAGAAGCUGGAAUCGGAGUUCGAUGUCAAGGUCAAGCUUUACAAAAGCGACGUGACCAAUUUCGAGGCCCUCCAGAAAACCUUCGACGAGAUCGUAACAGACUUCGGACGUAUCGAUGGCCUAGUAACCGCUGCCGGCAUCUGCCCCGACGAGCCCUUCCUGAAGCGCGGGCCAGAGUCCGUGGCGCGAUGCAUGAACAUCAACGUACUCGGCACAUACUAUGCCGCCCAGCUGGCUGCCGCCCAGAUGGCCAAGCAGGAGCCCACCGACUUCAACCCUCGUGGUGGUUCCAUCGUCUUCAUCGCCUCCAUCGCUGCACAUGUCGCGAGCAAAGGCCAGACCACUAGCGACUACUGCGCCAGCAAGGGCGCUGUUGUGUCGCUCGCCAAGGCGUUGGGCGUGGAGCUGGCCGCGAUGGGCAUCCGUGUCAACUCCAUCUCCCCUGGGUACAUGUUGACCGACAUGACGAUUGACCUCUGCGAUCGCUACCCCUGGCUGGCAGACAUCAUGGUCAAUGAGCCGCCCAUGCGCCGGAUUGGCGACCGGACGGACCUGAAGGUUCCUGUGGUCUACCUCCUGUCGGACGCCAGCGCGUAUCACACGUCGGAUGACAUCCUGAUCACGGGGGGAAUCCACGCAGGACGCUUGCUCUGA